AUGUGGGAGAGACUUAGUCGCAAUACUCUCGACGGCCGUGGACUUCAGAACUCAGAAGUGAACCUUUUUAUUUUAUUACGUAACCAGAGGUACUCUUUCAGAGUACCCGCCCUAGCCCAAAAGGGGAGGCACUCACUCGAUCAAACGACGUUUUAGCGAACGUCGGCGUUUCACCGAGUGCCACUUCCGACGCAAAGCGGCGUUUAGGCAAGUUUACGGGUGGGUCAAGUGGGUUAACAUUUUUGUAAUGAGCCGCCGGAAAAUUUGGGCUCUUGUUUACCUGACCCCUAAAUGAGUUAUCCUGGUUAUCCAGCGACAGAAAUGUAGAAAAGGAAGAAGCCGCCAAAAUUGCAAGGUAGGUGACGCGAGCCACCGCCCAUUAGAAUGCGUAUGACCAUGCUCCUUCAUCCACUCGUCUAUCCGCGACCCCGCCGCAAAACAUGGCAGCCAAAAAAAUGGCCGCUUCCACGGUCGUCCAGCGAAACCUGCCGUACCUCCGACAACAGCUCCUGGCCGCCCUGCAGACCUGCAGCGUGGUGGUACGCGUGCUCAGCCUGGCCCUAUUCCUCUGCUAUUUCCUCUCGUUCAGCCGCGCCGCGUCCCUGGCCGUCUGCGUCACGCCGGGAUACAUCAUCCCGCCGAGCUUCUGGAUAUGGACCGCCUUCACGCACGCCUUCUUCGAGAACCGAAUUUGGAUGGUCCUGGCGGACAUCAUAACCGUCGGGCUGUGCGGCAAGCUUAUCGAACCCUUAUGGGGCGCCAUCGAGAUGCUCACGUUCUUCGCCAUCGUGAACACGUCGGUGGCGGCGGCUUCGGUGGCCUACUACAUCUUCCUCUACUCGCUUACUUGGAACCCGGACUACCUGUUCGCGGUCCACAUCCACGGACUGGCGGGCUACUGCGCGGGUGUCAUGGUGGCCGUUAAGCAGAUUAUGCCCGACCACGUCCUGGUGUCGCUGCCCUUCGGCAAGCUGAGGAACCGUAACGUGCCCCUGACCGUGCUCCUGUUCACCGUAGUGUUUUGGGCGUGCGGCGUCUUGCGAGGCACCUACCCGGUCAUGUUUACGUCGGGCGUGCUGUCUUCCUGGGUCUACCUGAGGUUCUACCAGUAUCACAGCAACGGGAGCAAGGGGGACAUGGCGGAUCACUUCACCUUCGCCAGCUUCUUCCCCAACGUGCUACAGCCUCCGAUCGCCCUGGUGAGCAACCUCAUCUUCAACUUCUUUGUCAAGAUCAAGCUGUGCAGGAAGCCACCCCGCAAGUACAACCUGGCCAGCGGGGCGUCCUCAACGGUCACCAUCAGCCUACCCGGUACGGAUCCGCAAGACGCAGAGAGGCGGAGGCAAAUAGCGCUCCGUGCCCUGAGCGAGCGACUGACCAAAGUGGAACAGCAAUGGCCGCUACUCUCGGACGAAGAGCAGUCGUCCACCGCAAGCAGUGGCAGCACGGCGCCCUCUCUCGGCACGCCGCUGCACCACCAGAAAGGCGGCGCGGGUGAGGGUGCAACGACGGCGUCGCCGCCAUUGCAAGUUGCCAUCUCGAUGCCGGGCGCCACAUCUGCCCCUGGCGCAAGCACGUCGCACGAGACACUAAAAAACGUCGCUUCUCCCGGCCUCGCGUGACGGCCGACGGUAGCCACUGCGCAACCUCCACACCGUGGGGACACGGAAUUGUUGCCGUUGUUGUGGGACCCAUGAGGACUCCGGAAGAAGUCACUUCCCACGUUGAUCGUUGAUUGUUUUCUCACCACCUAGGGGAGAAGCAGGGGUAAACAAACCUAACGAAAAAAGGUGACAACCCCUUUCAAGGGGAUCACCAUUUCUUUUUUUUUUUUGCGUGCGCGUGAAAUUUUUAAAACAUUUUUUUUUCUAUUUAAACAGUUGUGGUUCAACGGUGCGCAAGACCGAGCAGUAACCCGAGUUUCAUGGCAUCCUGGAGUAAUUGCGAGGUGGCCAACGCGAUUUUGGGUAGCAGGCGAAGCGCCGUCCACCAUCGUGCGGAGUGACUUUGGCGUGUUACGAUUGUGUGCGUGGCGAAGAUAUAUCUGUGCAACUCUGUUUACUUGGGUCUGUGAGUGGAUGGGGGCAUCAUAGAAGUUGAGUUUUGUAAUUUGGCACUGCACAUCGGAAGUCUGAAUUUUUCCUUUCUUUUCUGUGGAUUCUAAUAUAUAUAUAUAUAAAUAUAAACAUGCUUAUAUAAUUGUUUUAGCAGGGCAUCUGUCAGCCUGGCAUUGCAAAUACUGCAGGUUCUUUUUUUUUCUUGUGCACAUUGGUUUAGGAUUUUGGGAAAGAGGGCACAGCUCCAUCGUCAUGCAUCUGUACAUAUUUCGAGGCUGCUUCCUUCCUCGUGUCUUUGUUUUCCGGGAAGAGCGUUCCAUGUACAGAUAUCCUGUAUUUAAGUGUCGCCUCAUCGAAUAAAGGCUGCAAGCGUUUCCAGCAGUAA